AUGCUUUGCAACUAUCUUCCACUUCUAUGCACUCUUUGGCUUCCUGUUGCAGUUUUUGCCCAUCCCACUGCGGAGAAGAUGCAUCGAAAAGCUGCGAACUCAAGCAUCUCGGUUUAUAUGGAUGUCCCAGGGCCUCCAAACCUGGAGAACCUAGUGGUACGGCGCAACGGCGAAAUCCUUGUGACGUCUUAUGCGUCUCCGUCCAUCUAUCGUAUAACGCCCAACACAGCUGAGGCACCCAUUGCUGUUGCUCAGAUUCCGAAUGCUACCGCUCUUACUGGAAUUAUGGAGCUACAGGAGAACGUCUUCAUUAUCGCCGCAGCGGACCCUCUGUCUCCCGGUUCAAAUGCCGUGUGGAGACUGGAUAUGCGUCCCGAAGAAAGCAAUAACGGAAGUGCACAUGCUCCUGCUCAACUCUCACUCUUGGCCCGGAUUCCGUUCGCUCAGGUACUCAACGGCAUGACCCGACUCGCGAAGAACGACACCUCUCAUGUCCUGAUCAGUGAUUCAGCUGCCGGGAAUGUUAUACGACUCAAUGUUGUCACUGGAGAUUACGCUGUCGUCAUUUCAGACCCCACGAUGUUGCCAAUAUCAGACGGUAUCAAUGUUGGCGUAAACGGAAUUCACACUUGGGGAGACCAGCUGUUCUACAUCAGCCUUGACCAGGGCAUUUUCGCCAAAAUACCAAUUUCGCUAUCAACCGGUGCGGCUAAAGGUCCGGCGGACAUCAUAAUCAAUGGCACUCUGGAAUUUCCGGACGACUUCGCACUUUCUCGAGAUGGUCUGACAGCCUGGGUCGCUGAGAACGGAGUGUUUGUGCUUAUGGAAGUGGACAUUCUCGCCAAGACAAGCCGCGUCAAAUUCAACAAUACCUUACUCGCAUCGACAAGUUCCGCAGCCCUGGGGCGCUCUUGCUCAAAUUGGGACUCUAUCUACAUUACUGGUGCUAAACUAGGUGCAAACGGAACUGCUGUUCAGGGCCGUGUCUUCGAAGCUAAACUGGACACAUUGUAA